AGUACAAUAGUCAUAGUGCGAGCGCAGAGAGACCUGAGCUGAGAGUGAGCGAGCGAGUGACGGAGCCGUCUGAGAGAAGAGAAGAAGAGAAAGAUGAACACGGACAUCACAGCGUCGACGAAGCCCGAGUACCCGGUCUUAGAUCGGAACCCUCCCUUCACCAGAGUCGUCGGCAACUUCAGCACCCUCGACUAUUUCCGUUUCGCCACCAUCACCGGCGUCUCCGUCACCGUCGGCUACCUCUCCGGGAUUAAGCCCGGGAUUAGAGGGCCGUCAAUGGUGACCGGAGGUCUGAUUGGAGUGAUGGGCGGGUUCAUGUACGCUUACCAGAACUCGGCGGGUCGCAUCAUGGGCUUUUUCCCCAACGACCAUGAGGUAGCCCGUUACAAGAAAUGAUAUGUGUUGCACUCUUUCUUAUUUUAGGGUCAUUUGUAAUAAUCAGAUUGCUCUUUUUGUUACUGAAUUUGACUUCAUGUGCUUGCUUGUCUAUUCAACCAAUGCUGUGUUUCAAGAUUUUAAUAUGUCAUUGAUGAACUCCGAAUAAGAUGGUGUUAUGCAAUUCAUCUAAUAUUUUGUGUUCCCA